AAACAACACAACAUGAAGCGAACAAAAUGUAACUGUCAACUUGACAACCAAUCGAGUUGAGGAUUUUCACAUCACUUACCAAAAAUUAAAUUGGUUUGGUUGAUUGAUGGUUGUGUUUUCCUAAAAUGUUUCGUUUGGCGAUUUCUGCUGUUCGGAGUAUACGGCCUCUUUCGGUCUCGUAUUUGAAUGCUGCCAAUAUUAUUAGUAACAGUUCCAGAAACUAUGGUACUCUACAAAACUUAAGGAUACCCAUUCAUACAUGUAUCGGACAAAAUUCGUUGUUGAAAAAUAAACAGAUUUUGGAUAUAUCAUCGAAUUUGAGUGUUGUUCCUGUAAGAACUGUUACAAAAUUCAGUUUGCAGAAAGGUAAAAGGAAGUCAGUGAAGGCAGUGGUUCGACGAUUCUUCCGCUUACAUUGGGGAGGAUGGAUAAGGACUAAGGUGGGGAGGAACAAGAAAAUGUGGAAGAAGUCCUCUUCACAAAAGAGACGCUUGAGGCAGCAUGUGUUCUGCAACUCCACCCAAAGCACAAUGUUGGACAAAAUGGUUACCAAGUUUUGGAAGAGGCCAAAGUACUAUGUAGAUGACCCAUAUGCACCAUACCAUACAAGAGAAGAAUUCGUCACAACAAGGAAAAAGCCUUUCGUGAAACAAUGAAAUGAUGUUUAUAAUGUUAGAAUAAAGUUUAUUUAGUUUCAGUAAUAAAUUGUUAAGAGUAAUAUU